AUGUCAUCAGCCGGAGGAGAGUCAGCCAGCUCGGAGCUCCAAGCAGGUGUCAAAACCAGCACACUGAGACGGGAGUCCAGGAGGACUAAAGGUAAACAUUCUAGAUACAAACACAGAAAUACAUGGAUGUAAUGUAAUGUAAUGUAUGCUAUGCACAUGCCCACACUCAUGUGAACACACAAAUAAAGUUAUUAUAUUUGAUUCAAUUCUAACCCACCCACACAAACGGGAACAUACACAGGGAAGGUAUGGUACUGUACAUGCAUUACACGUUUCACCAACCCAGACAAAGUACACAGAGAAAUGUACACUGUAUUCUCACAGAAUACACACCACAUCCCAAUCACCUACACACACAUUUAUAGACGAAAUGAAAAGAUAGACGCUUGUAUGUUUGACAGUGAGCAGUGACAAACUUCUGUCUGUAUUACAGUUUUUCUCCAUUGCUUGAGCACAUUUGUCCAAACAGAAUUCACUUUUUCUAAACAAUUAACACGUAGCCCCAAACUGAAACACGUUGGUCAAAAUGACACAUUUCAUUUGCAAAUCGCACUAAGACUCUCAAAACAUUAAAUACAUGACACAAAACCAACUACCUCCAUCAAAACAUACAACUUGUUAUCUAAUGAAAAGUUAUUUCAAUCAAUUGUUACACAAUGGCCCAAUAAAUACUAACUACAACUAUCAAUAUACCCUGACAUGGUUAACCCUCUUUUAUAUGUCUGUGCCAUUUGUUGAUACUAUGAUUAUAGUAUGCACCAUAAAAGGCAAGAAAACAUAUGAUCACAGCAUGGGCUGUGUUCUUUUUUCCUAAAAUGGUUUUACCAAAGAUGACCAAUUCAGAAAGAAUGUCACUCAAGAGCAUGAAUAUCCAGAAACAAAAGGUUUUAUUUGACCUUUUCCCAUUUUAACUGAGAGCUGAACUAUAUUCCUCUGUGGGCCUCUCUACCUCUCCUUUGUCCUUGCCCUCUGCCUCUUACUCGGUCCGUUCUUGCAAACAGCAACUCAGAGGUUCUCUUCUACCUCUUUUACGCUGCUGCUACUCUCUGUUUAUGAUCUAUUUGCAUAGUCACUUUAAUAACUCUACCUACAUGUACAUAUUACCUCAAUUACCUCGACUAACCGGUGCCCCCGCACAUUGACUCGGUACCGGUACCCCCUGUUUUAUAGCCUCGCUUUUGUUAUUUUUACUGCUGCUCUUUAAUUAUUUGUUACUUUUAUUUCGUAAUAUUUUAUAUUUAUACAAAUAACAUUUGAUUUGAUUUGAUUUGAAGCUGACCUCUUUUAUGCAUGAACAGGGACUGAUUGCUGAUUGAACAAUUGUGCGAAGACGUUUGCACACGUGCAAAAGAGGUUCACAUUCAUGAGCGUAAUUUGUGUCAGCUGUAACCAAAUGUUUUAAUUUUGUUGUCAUGAUUUACUCAAAUUAGUUUUGCGUCUUUUGUAGAGUUGUGUUUACUGUUAUGCAAAAAUGUGCUUAGCAUUUGCAUUGUGUGUGAAAGCAAUGAGAAAGGACUUACAGUUUCACAAAAAUUAAUAAUGUAGGGCUCAUUAGGUUAUGAUGGAGAUCAAGUGGACCCCAGUUUCAUUAAAAGUGUCUUAGAAAAACUGUAAUUGUAGUCAUUGUAGAUAAAUAUCAUUCCCCCUAUCAGAGAAACCUUCAGGCAGCCUUCAGUUACAGAAAAGACGUGAGAUAAAGAGAGACAGAGGGAGAGAGACAGCCAGAGAGAGGGGAGAGAGAGAAAGAGAGACAGAGAGAUACAUAGAGGAAGGGAGAGAGACAGAGAAAGAGAGAUAGAAACAGAGAGAGCGACAGAAAGAGAGAGUGCGAGAGAGAGAGAGAGAGAGAGAGAGAGAGCGGGAGAGGGAGAGAGAGAGAAGAGAGAGAGAGAGAGAGAGAGAGAGAGAGAGAGAGGAGAGGAGAGAGGGAGAGAGGAGAGGAGAGAGGGAGAGAGGGAGAGAGAGAGAUACACAGGCACAAACGACCUGAGAACACAGCAGGAAAGGGUGGCCACAUCACUCAAGGGAGUGAUAGAAAAAGCUUCUUCUACUUUCCCCAAUGCACAAGUGGUUAUCUCAACCCUGUUACCACGAAAAUACUUCCACCCUGCUACCAUACAGCGGGUAAACGCAAGUAUUUCCCGUCACUGUGCAUCAAAACCAAAUGUCUACCUGGCCCACCACUCCACCCUGGACGUGAACAGCCUUUAUGACCAGGUCCACCUAUACAAGGCAGCAGUGCCCAACUUCGCCCGGACCCUAAAGGAUAUCGCCCUCAACCGCAGACCCAACACCUCACACAGGAGCAACAGAUCAACAGACACCUCGCCCAGACCAGCGAGACACUCUCCCAGACCUGCGGGACCCCCCCCCCAGGACCUACACAUAGAGGACCCCCGCAGAGAGGACCUACAUCCAGACCACAGCACCAUCAACCACAUCUACACCCCCACCCCCACCAAUUAACUCCCCCCCAAGUCAACCAUGCCCACACCCCAUUUAGGCCCCCUCAGAUCAGACCUAUGCCCCUCCUACCCACCCCAAGCCCCCCACUCCCACAAAGAGGGCCUCAACAUGAAAGUCACACAUACGCCCAGGCCGUGAGCAGGCAAACAGGCCCAACACCCACUCUUACACUAGCCCAAGCCAAUGGCAUGUACCAGAUGCUCAGCAGGCUCUGCUCACAAUUACUGGCCUGAGGCCAAACCACACAACCAACAACAUUAGACACUUUAUGGAACACAAAGCCUUCACUAUUUCAUCCUGGAAUAUCCAAGGCCUGAGGUCAUCUGCCUUUGGCCUAAAGAGCAGGAAUCUGGACUUCACCAAAGAAAUCGGAAAUACAGACAUUGUCAUCCUAUAAGAAACAUGGUAUAGAGGAGACGGACCCACUGGUUGCCCUCUAGGUUACAGAGAGCUGGUAGUCCCAUCCACCAAACUACCAGGUGUGAAACAGGGAAGGGACUCCGGGGGUAUGCUAAUUUGGUAUAGAGCAGACCUAACUCACUCUAUUAAAUUAAUCAAAACAGGAACAUUUUACAUUUGGUUAGAAAUUCAAAAGGAAAUUAUCUCAACUGAGAAAAAUGUCCUCCUGUGUGCUACCUAUAUCCCCCCACUAGAAUCCCCAUACUUUAAUGAAGACAGUUUCUCCAUCCUGGAGAGGGAAAUCAAUCAUUUCCAGACCCAGGGACAUGUACUAGUCUGUGGUGACCUAAAUGCCAGAACUGGACAAGAACCUGACACCCUCAGCACACAGGGGGACAAACACCUACCUGGAGGUGACAGCAUUCCCUCCCCCAUAUGCCCCCCUAGGCACAACUACGACAACAUAACCAACAAAAACGGGUCACGACUACUGCAGCUCUGUCGCACACUGGGUAUGUACAUAGUCAAUGGUAGGCUUCGAGGGGACUCCUAUGGUAGGUACACCUAUAGCUCAUCUCUUGGCAGUAGUACUGUAGACUACUUUAUCACUGACCUCAACCCAGAGUCUCUCAGAGCGUUCACAGUCAGCCCACUGACACCCCUAUCAGACCACAGCAAAAUCACAGUCUACCUGACCAGAGCAAUACUCCAUCAUGAGGCAUCAAAGCCAAAGGAACUGAAUAAUAUUAAGAAAUGCUAUAGAUGGAAGGAAAGUAGUGUUGAAACCUACCAAAAAACAAUUAGGAAACAACAAAUUCAAUCCUUCCUGGACAAAACGUUCCACUGUAAUAGUGAAGGUGUAAACUUGGCAGUAGAAAACCUAAACAGUAUAUUUGACCUCUCAGCUUCCCUAUCAAAUCUAAAAAUCUCUAACAGAAAACCAAAGAAAAGUAAUAACAGUGAUAAAUGGUUUGAUGAAGAAUGCAAAAACCUAAGAAAGAAAUUGAGAAACCUAUCCAACCAAAAACAUAGAGACCCAGAAAACCUGAGCCUGCGCCUUCACUAUUGUGAAUCACUAAAACAAUACAGAAAUACACUACGGAAAAAGAAGGAACAGCAUGUCAGAAAUCAGCUCAAUGUAAUUGAAGAAUCCAUAGACUCUAACCACUUCUGGGAAAAUUGGAAAACACUAAACAAACAACAACACGAAGAGCUAUCUAUCCAAAACGGAGAUGUAUGGGUAAACCACUUCUCCAAUCGUUUUGGCCCUAUAACAGAGAACAAACAGCAAACAAAUAUACAUGAUCAAAUGCAAAUCUUAGAAUCAACUAUUAAAGACUACCAGAACCCACUGGAUUCUCCAAUUACAUUGAAUGAACUACAGGACAAAAUACAAACCCUCCAACCCAAAAAGUCCUGUGGUGUUGAUGGUAUCCUCAAUGAAAUGAUAAAAUAUACAGACCACAAAUUUCAAUUAGCUAUACUUAAACUCUUUAACAUCAUCCUUAGCUCUGGCAUCUUCCCCAAUAUUUGGAACCAAGGACUGAUCACCCCAAUCCACAAAAGUGGAGAUAAUUUUGACCCCAAUAACUACCGUGGGAUAUGCGUCAACAGCAACCUUGGGAAAAUCCUCUGCAUUAUCAUUAACAGCAGACUAGUUCAUUUCCUCAGUGAAAACAAUGUACUGAGCAAAUGUCAAAUUGGCUUUUUACCAAAUUACCGUACAACAGACCACGUAUUCACCCUGCACACCCUAAUUGACAAACAAACAAACCAAAGCAAAUGCAAAGUCUUCUCAUGCUUUGUUGAUUUCAAAAAAGCUUUUGACUCAAUUUGGCAUGAGGGUCUGCUAUACAAAUUGAUGGAAAGUGGGGUUGGGGGAAAAACAUACGACAUUAUAAAAUCCAUGUACACAAACAACAAGUGUGCGGUUAAAAUUGGCAAAAAACACACACAUUUCUUUCCACAGGACCGUGGGGUGAGACAGGGAUGCAGUUUAAGCCCCACCCUCUUCAACAUAUAUAUCAACGUAUUGGCGAGGGCACUAGAACCGUCUGCAGCACCCGGCCUCACCCUACUAGAAUCUGAAGUCAAAUGUCUUCUGUUUUCUGAUGAUCUGGUGCUUCUGUCACCAACCAAGGAGGGCCUACAGCAGCACUUAGAUCUUCUGCACAGAUUCUGUCAGACCUGGGCCCUGACAGUAAAUCUCAGUAAGACAAAAAUAAUGGUGUUCCAAAAAAGGUCCAGUUGCCAGGACCACAAAUACAAAUUCCAUCUAGACACACAAAAAACUAUACAUACCUCGGCCUAAACAUCAGCGCCACAGGUAACUUCCACAAAGCUGUGAACGAUCUGAGAGACAAGGCAAGAAGGGCCUUCUAUGCCAUCAAAAGGAACAUAACAUUUGACAUACCAAUUAGGAUCUGGCUAAAAAUACUUGAAUCAGUUAUAGAACCCAUUGCCCUUUAUGGUUCUGAGGUCUGGGGUCCGCUCACCAACCAAGAAUUCACAAAAUGGUACAAACACCAAAUUGAGACUCUGCAUGCAGAAUUCUGCAAAAACAUCCUCCGUGUACAACGUAAAACACCAAAUAAUGCAUGCAGAGCAGAAUUAGGCCAAUACCCGCUAAUGAUCAAAAUCCAGAAAAGAGCCGUUAAAUUCUAUAACCACUUAAAAGGAAGCGGUUCCCAAACCUUCCAUAACAAAGCCAUCACCUACAGAGAGAUGAACUUGGAGAAGAGUCCCCUAAGUAAGCUUGUCCUGGGGCUCUGUUCACAAACACAAACAGACCCCACACAGCCCCAGAACAACAACAACAACAACAACAACAACACAAUUAGACCCAACCAAAUCAUGAGAAAACAAAAAGAGAAUUACUUGACACAUUGGAAAGAACAAACAAAAAAACUGAGCAAACUAGAAUGCUAUUUGGCCCUAAACAGAGAGUACACAGUGGCAGAAUACCUGACCACUGUGACUGACCCAAACUUAAGGAAAGCUUUGACUAUGUACAGACUCAGUGAGCAUAGCCUUGCUAUUGAGAAAGGCCGCCGUAGGCAGACCUGGCUCUCAAGAGAAGACAUGCUGUGUGCACACUGCCCACAAAAUGAGGUGGAAACUGAGCUGCACUUCCUAACCUCCUGCCAAAUGUAUGACCAUAUUAGAGACACAAAUUUCCCUCAGAUUACAGCGAUCCACAAAGAAUUCGAAAACAAACCCAAUUUUGAUAAAUUCCCUUAUCUACUUGGUGAAAAACCACAGUGUGCCAUCACAGCUGCAAGAUUUGUGACCUGUUGCCACAAGAAAAGGGCAACCAGUGAAGAACAAACACCAUUGUAAAUACAACCCAUAUUUAUGUUUAUUUUUUUUCCCAUUUGUACUUUAACUAUUUGCACAUUGUUACAACACUGUAUAUAUACAUAAUAUGACAUUUGAAAUGUCUUUAUUCUUUUGAAACUUCUGAGUGUAAUGUUUACUGUUAAUAUUUAUUGUUUAUUUCACUUUUGUUUACUAUCUACUUCACUUGCUUUGGCAAUGUUAACAUACGUUUCCCAUGCCAAUAAAGCCCUUAAAUUGAAUUGAAUUGAAUUGAGAGAGCACGACUCCAGAGCUGUGCUGCUCCACCCAGGGAUUCAUCCAGAUGCAGCAGCAGUUCUAGAGCAGCUAUUGGCUGUAGCCCGGGGGUUGGUAGUGUCAUGAUUUAGGUGUCAUGUUCGGGGGAGUUCACACCCUGUCGCUUUGAUCAACAGCAUAAGUGAUGUAAUAGGCCGAGGCAGCCUCUGAAAAAUCACAGCGAGAUUGAAAUGGGAUUGAAUUGGCUGAAAGGGAGAGGGAGAGUAAAGAGAGAGUUGAGAGAGAGAGGGAGUGAGGGAGAGAAGGAGAGAAAGAAAGUAAGAGAAAUGGCUCAUGUUUGUCUCUCUCUGUCCCUCUCCUUCUCUCCUUUCAUCCCUCCCUCCCAUCUCUGCGUCCAUGAAUAAAGCCACUCCAGUGGUACAGUAAAUCUGGCUUCUCCUAGAACAGAAGCGUCAGUAGCAGGACUCUGGGGCCAGGUCCUCUGUGGCCGUUUCACUGGGUCCGUCUGUCAGAUCACACCAGAUAAAUGGCCGGGCUGGAGGAUUUGAGUUAAGUGGAUGAGGGGAGAGAGAAGGAGGCCUAUUACGCAUGUGGCCAUGCGACGUGCAGGGCCACUGGCGGAGAGAGACUGGAGAGGCUAUCAGAGAAGGUUAUCAGCGCAGGCUUUAGCAUGUUAAUCAGCUGUGCUGCUGCUGCAGGGGAGUUGUAGCUAUCACUGGAUAUGCCAUUUAGAUUCAUAGAAAUGGAAAUGGGGUUAGCAUGGAGAUUGAUACACACUGUCAUACAGCACUGGGCUCAGAGAGGUGACUCACUGGGGCUGGGUGAAGGACCCUUUCAAGGUGUAUUGGCAGGGCCUAGAUGGAUGGAUGGAUGGCAGAGUUUUAGACAAAGCCUGUGUUUGUUUGUCUAGGUGGUUGGGUGAAUUAUAGAGUAGGUUAAUGUAAGUGUGUUUUCAGUGGCAAUUUGGUUAUUUCUCUCAUUGUGCAUUCCUGUGAUUUCUCCCAAUUAUUUUAUUUGUUAAAAAAAUUUAAUAAGCCAUAAAUCGUAUGAAUGAAAAGAGGUACAACCCACGUACAAUAGAGGACAAAUCAUUUUAGCCUGUUAGAUUUGAGCCCUUUUGUUUGAGCGAUUUCGAUCCAUGGUGUUCUCCAUAGCCAGACCAGACAUUUAAAAAAUCAAACCCUUGCUGCAGUGUGUGUGUGUGUGUGUGUGUGUGUGUAUUUGCCUGUGAUGGUAAAAGCAAGUAUCCCCUCUGCCCAUCGAUGGAAUCACUUCACUCAAUCUCCAUAGCAACUGUUGCUCGCUAACUGUGAUCUGUGCAAAAAAAAUGGCUCACUUAAAAACUAAAAAAACUAAAAUCUACAGUCAGUAACUUCUAUUAUGUCUAUUGAGCUGGCAGGGUUGAGAUGCCCUAGAAAUUACCAUCAUGGUCCCAUGAAUUUCAGCUCCACUGUAUCUUCUAUUCCAAUCACUAUUAGGUAAUGGUGCCUCCUCAAACUCCCUCUAGUUAACCAAUUUAUCAUCAGAAGUCUGACUAUGCCAUCAUCGGCUACUCAGAGGUGUCAUGCACCGACAUGUUUUUUGAGAGGCCAUCAAACUCAAUAUACACAACAUGUCCAGAAGUAUGUGGACACCUGCUUGUCGAACAUUCCAAAAUCAUGGGCAUUAAUAUGGAGAUAGUCCCCCCUUUGCUGCUACAACAGCCUCCACUCUUCUGGGAAGAUGUUGGAACAUUGCUGAGGGGACUUGCUUGCGUUCAGCCACAAGAGCAUUAGUGAGGUCGGGCACUGAUGUUGGGCGAUUAGGCCUGGCUCGCAGUAGCCAUUCCAAUUCAUCCCAAAGGUGUUCGAUGGGGUUGAGGUCAGGGAUCUGUGCAGGCCAGUCAAGUUCUUCCACACCGAUUUCGACAAACCAUUUCUGUAUGGACCUCACUUUGUGCACUGGGGUAUUGUAAUGCUGAAACAGGAAAGGGCCUUCCCCAAACUGUUGCCACAAAGUUGGAAGAAUAGAAUUACCUAGAAUGUCAUUGUAUGCUGUAGCAUUAAGAUUUCCCUUCACUGGAACUAAGGGGCCUAGCCCGAAUCAUGAAAAACAGCCCCAGACCAUUAUUCCUCCUCCACCAAACUUUACAGUUGGCACUAUGCAUUGGGGCAGGUAGCAUUCUCCUGGCAUCCGCCAAACCCAGAUUUGUCUGUCGGACUGACAGAUUGUGAAGCGUGAUUCAUCAAUCCAGAGAACGCGCUUCCACUGCUCCAUAGUCCAAUGAAGGCGAGCUUUACACCACUCUAGCAGACGCUUGGCACUGCGCAUGGUGAUCUUAGGCUUGUGUGUGGCUGCUCGGCCAUGGAAACCCAUUUCAUGAAGCUCCCGUUGAACAGUUCUUGUACUGACGUUGCUUCCAGAAGCAGUUUUUAAUAAUAAUAUAAUAAUAUGCCAUUUAGCAGACGCUUUUAUCCAAAGCGACUUACAGUCAUGCGUGCAUAUUUUUUUUUUUGGGUGUAUGGGUGGUCCCGGGGAUCGAAUCCACUACCUUGCCGUUACAAGCGCCAUGCUCUACCAGCUGAGCUACAGAGGACCACUCAGUAGUGAGUGUUGCAACCGAGGACAGAUGAUUUUUACGCACUACGCACUUCAGCACUCGGCGGUCCCGUUCUGUGAGCUUGUGUGGCCUACCACUUCGCGGCUGAGCCGUUGUUGCUCCUAGACGUUUCCACUUCACAAUAACAGCACUUAUACUUCUAGCAGGGCAGAAAUGUGAAGAACUGACUUGUUGGAAAGGUGGCAUCCUAUGAUGGUUCCACGUUGAAAGUCACUGAGCUCUUCAGUAAGGCCAUUCUACUACCAAUGUUUGUUUAUGGAGAUUGCAUGACUCUGCUCGAUUUUAUACACCUGUCAGCAACGGGUGUUGCUGAAAUAGCCAGAUCCACUAAUUUGAAGGGGUGUCCACAUACUUUUGUAUAUAUAGUGUAUUUGUAUUCAUUCUGUCAAGAAUAUAAUCUAUAUUCUGUAUAUUUAUCCUGAAAAAGCAUCAAAUUGGGGGGCACAUGAUCAUACUGUUGUAAUCAUUGCUGUAAUGAUUCUGUCAUUUGCCCCCUGCUAAAGAGUCACCUGACCAUAACUACCCAGCCAAAGCACAUCAAUAAGUUUGUGUAACUGAUGUGAUCAAUGUAUUAUCCACUGCAUUGAUGAUGUGCAAAAUACCCUUCGUUAACUCACUAAUUGGUUUAACGAUUCAUUCAAAAGGCACCCCAUCAUCUCGUCUGUAGUGUGUUCACUGCUACACAGUGUAGACCUAGGCUCGAUUCUCCACCCUUUUCCAGAGGUCUGCACUUGCACACUCCCCCUCAUGGAUUUAAAAGGAUUGGUGUUGCAUUGGCUGGAUUGAGGUUCCACCUUUGUUAAAUCUAUGCGAGAAAGUGGAGAAUCGGGACUCUGCCUUACUGUUAUAUUCUAAUUCCAAGUCUGUGUGCAUGGGGUCAGGGAAUGUGUGUAUAAUGUUUAGUAAAUGUGUGUGUGUGUGUGUGUGUGUGUGAUGAGGCUUGUGAACGUUACUUCAUCCACACACAGGGGAUGGAAAGGAAGGGAAGGUAAAGGGAAGGGGUGGCAGAUGGUGCAGACAGAUUUGCCCUAAUCUACUCUAGUCAGGCCUUCACACUCAGCCUCAGAAGACUAGAAGCAGAGACAUGACAGGAGAACAUUCUGUAAGACUGUCUAAAGCUGAGUUGUGAAUGAACAGACAGACAAAAAGACAGAUGAAUGGAUGAAUGGAUGCAAAUAUGGAUGCAUACAUACAUACAAAUAUAUUGUAGCAAUACAUACAUUCAUAUUGCACAUGUAUACAUUCAUAUCAUAAAUAGACACUGAUGCAUGGAUAGAUGGGUAACAGCCUCUGUAAAGUUCAAAGGUUAAGCUUCCUUAGAGGCUGGGCUCCCGAACCAAAGUUCUUGUUGCCAACAUCUCGUAUCUGGAGGGCCACUUAUGACUCUCCAUCUGGUGCCAUCAUGCCAUCUGUCCUUUCCUCGUCCCCAUUUUACUGAAGCGGGGGGCGCAGCCACUAUCUUCUCACAGCCAGCUAGUCCACUGACUCUACUUCCAAACUGGUAUGGAGCAGGGAUAGCGGUAAUUGUCCUCUCAGUAGGUUGAGGUAUUUUCGCCUCAGGUGGGUAACUGGAGCGCUUUAGUCUGAAUUGCUCCAGAAACCUAUGUUUACAGUUCCACUACUAUACCCACGCUCUAUUACAAAAACAGGGUUCUAGCAGUGCCUGCUAUACUUUCAUGUGGCUAGCCUAGCAAGCUACUCUGCAUAUGUUGACUCUCUGAGACUUCAAAAUCACAGAAUAAGGAGUAGGGACUUGCGCACCCUUUUUGUAAGCACUUCCAGGGGCCAAGAGAGUGUGUGUCAUAUUGUGCUUCUUCCCAAAGCUGGAAACAUCAUGCAAGCAACAUCCUCAUUCCCUGCAGCGGUUGUGCACUCACCGUGAUGUGAACCCUGGGCACAUACUGCAGGGGUUACCAUGCUAGAAUUUCCUAUGCAGGGAGGGCUGCUUGGGGUUUUUGUAGAUCUUUGCAUAAAUCUACUAAAUCUCUCCUCAAGUGUGAUUACACAGUUGGCAUUCAGUACAGUGCAAAGCAGCAAUCUGCUUAGGGGACUCAGAUAGGGGGGGAAGCACUGGAUGAUACAGUACUGUAGUAGUACAAUAUAUUUAGAUAAGACUUGAUGAUAGAUGAUAUAUGAUAUGAUGCACUUUAUAAGCUGUUUUAUGAUGCAGCAUUCUGUAUGUUGAAGUGUAUGAUGCAAUACAUCAAGAUGCACGCUAUAAUACAAAUUCAAUAUGACACACAGUAUGGGAAAUGUGAAUAUAGGGAAGGGAUGAUCUUUCAAAUGAACAGCACAAAAAAUAUGUGUAAUGUAGUUUCACCCUUAUAGUUAUAGAUCAUGCAUGCCAGCUGAUAAUGCAUUAGACUGGUCUCCAACGCUCGGUGACUAUAUGAGCCUCAUUUUCUAGGCCUAUCCUCUAGCAGAGAAACAAGCAUGAAUUAGACCCCAGAUUUGACAUUCACCUACUUGGAGAGUUUAAUGACUUAAGCAUCUUCAAGCCCUCUCCCCCCUUUAGAGAGUUGAGCCCUCAUGAAUUAGUGAGCGAGUGUGUACCACAGGAGGCUGCUGAGGGGAGGACGGCUCAUAUUAAUGGCUGGAAUGUAGUAAAUGGAAUUCCAUCAAACACACGGAAACCAUGUGUUUGAUGUCGUCGAUACCAUUCCAUGAAUUCCGUUCCAGCCAUUACUAUGAGCCUGCCGUCCCCAAGAUGACGACAGGCUCUCCACGUUUCAACUUCAUUCGCAGGGCCACUUAAUUUGGCCUUUUUUUCACUUCCUAUUUCUACUUCCCGGGGAAUAUAAACACUGACAUACUAUUUCACUGAAAUAUUCAGUGAGGGGGAAACUCAAAUUACAUUUCUGUAAGAUGUGGCAUGUGGAUGGCAUAUGUUUUCAGUGGUGGAAUAAGCUCAUUUGGUGUAAUAUGGCUUGAUGUUUUUUGUUAGGGAUAUUAAAGGCUGUCCUGCUUCUAUUGCACAGACCUUAGCCAUGCAACCUGUUUAAAAUGCUCUGCUAACUGAUGUGAUAUACAAUACAGUCUCUUGACCUAUAAUAGUGAGGCAGAGCGGGGCCUGAAAUAGUCUAAACUCUCCAAGGUGCCGUCGACCUUGAAUUGAAAUACCACUAUCCCUGUGUGUCAGCGGUGUGUGUGUGUCAGCAGCAGCAGACGGUUAACACAGACAAACCACCUACAGGUUAUGUAGAGACAGGUUACUCACAGACAAAGACAAGUGGAGGGUUUGGGCCAACAUAAUCAAAACAGCGGAGGGGAAAACAAAAUGAGAAAAAUGUCAGUGUCAAGGCGAUGGUUAGGUGGGGGAGGACGAUGACAGGAGAGACCGACAGAGAGGCCGGACGUACACUACAUGUCCAAAAGUAUGUGGACACCUACUCUCAUUCCAAAAUCAUGGGCAUUAAUAUGGAGUUGGUCCCCCCUUUGCUGCUAUAACAGCCUCCACUCUUCUGGGAAGGCUUUCCACUAGAUGUUGGAACAUUGCUGCGGGGACUUGCUUCCAUUCAGCCACAAGAGUUGAGCACUGAUGUUGGGCGAUUAGGCCUGGAUCGCAGUCGGCGUUCCAAUUCAUCCCAAAGGUGUUCGAUGGGGUUGAGGUCAGGGCUCUGUGCAGGCCAGUCAAGUUCUUCCACACCGAUCUCGACAAACCAUUUCUGUAUGGACCUCGCUAUGUGCACGGGGGCAUUGUCAUGCUGAAACAGGAAAGGGCCUUCCCCAAACUGUUGACACAAAGUUGGAAACACAGAAUCAAUCAGAUUGUCAUUGUAUGCUUUUCGAUAAGAUUUCCCUUCACUGGAACUAAGGAGCCUAGCCGUUCUCCUGGCAUCCGCCAAACCCAGAUUCGUCCAUCUGACUGCCAGAUGGUGAAGCGUGAUUCAUCACUCCAGAGAACGCUUACCACUUCAUGGCUGAGCCGUUGUUGCUCCUAGACGUUUCCGCUUCACAAUAACAGCACAUACAGUUGACCGGGGCAGCUCUAGCAGGGCAGAAAUUUGACGAACUGACUUGUUGUAAAGGUGGCAUCCUAUGACGGUGCCGCAUUGAAAGUCACUGAGCUCUUCCGUAAGGCCAUUCCACUGCCAAUGUUUGUCUAUGGAGAUUGCAUGGCUAGGUGCUCGAUUUUAUACACCUGUCAGCAACGGGUGUGGCUGAAAUAGCCGAAUCCACUAAUUUCAAGGGGUGUCCACAUACUUUUUGUUUGUAUCAAAAGAGCUUGUAGCUAGCCAGACAAAGAUCUUUCCUCCAUCUCCCACACCUCACUCCCACUGCCUCUCUCCCCCUCUGCCUCUCUCUUCCCUCUCUCCCUCUCUCCCUCCUUCCUCUUUUCUCAUCCAUCCAUCACCUAUAGGGGGCUUAUGGGAUUGUGGGCGUGCGCUGGACCGAGAUGAUUCCUCUCAAUAGCAGCCUUUCAUGAUGUUUAUCACCAGCCAACAGCUCCCAUGGGAACAGAGGGGGGGGUGCAGUGACCACCCUCUGACCCCCUACCCCCCGGUCAGCCCACACCCUAGCUCCCGGAAUGUCCUGCAGGGAUAGGUGGUUCUGGAUUGUUCAAUUGUCAAGUUGUUAUCUGAUUUGGUUUACUCCUACAGUGGGCUAUUUAUAUUUUGGCAUAUUAGUCCUUUGCAGAAUAGAUUUCAUUUUUCGAUUUUCAAUUUUCUUUUUUUCACUGCUCCAAUUUUCAGUCAGAAAACAAGGAGGACCGAGACACUCUUCACAGUAUAAAAAGUCCUUUAUUGCAGUGGCAUGUUGUUCAGUAGAACAUAUUCUAAAAAUCCCCUGAUGUGUUUCGCCGUCAUAGCCUUCAUCAGGGAGACAUUUUCUCCUGAGACCUUUCAUCUUAAUAUUCCAUAAAUAUUUAUUUUCCCACCUACAGCACCCCUCUACCUCCGCACGCACAGACAUAGACACAGACACACACACACACCUCUGAGCCGCUCAAAUCAGCUGAACUGACAUGUCCCUCCUACAGUACCUGUCUAAUAUAAUUGUUCUCCUUCCUCCUCUCUCACUCGCUCUCCCUCUCUUUGUACCCCCCCCCCCCCCCAUCUCUCUCUCCUUCUCUCUCUCUCUCUCUCUGCAGGUCAGGACCGCAGUGAGGCGGGGCUGAUUAAGCGUUUCCGUGGUGAUGGCGUGCGCUACAAGGCCAAGCUGAUUGGGAUUGAUGAGGUGACAGCAGCGCGCGGGGACAAGCUGUGCCAGGACUCCAUGAUGAAGCUCAAGGUGUGUGUGUGCGUGAGUGUCUGAUAACGAGGACAGUGCUUUGAAGAGGGUGGAGGUAUUCAGGUGUAAAAGAGGAAGUGAAUUCCGACAUCUCUAUUGAUGCGUCUUUGCAGGACCCAGAUUUAGUUACAAAUCCAUCUACAGAAGAGAGAAAACCCACUGGGCACACCACGUCAUUUCAACGGGGAAAUGUUGACAAUAUUUGGUUGAGACUUUGAUCAAUGAGAUUUUAACCUUUAUUCACCCACUCAAAAAGACAGCCAGAAGUUUGUUGAACUCCCAUUGUGUUAUCACUAUGCUUUCAAUAAUCUAAAAGCGCAACCAAAUUCCAAUGGACAAACAAUGUCUGAUUUUUGGUGUAUUUGUCAUCUAAAUGUGUUAUCACUGCGGUUUCAACCAUUUAAAAGCACAACAAAGUUCAAAUGGGAAUACAUUGUCAGAUAUUUUGCAUUUAUACAACUUAAUGUGUUAUCACUGUGUGUCAUCUAAUAGCACAAAAUAAUGAUCUGGAUUGCAGUUGAGAUUACAUAGUGCAAGUGAUCAAGGCUGUUCGAGAUUCUGCACAGAUUAUUACAGCAAUUGUGAAGAUCUCCACUUACCUGCGAACUUUGCAUGCUAUCUUGAACAUGCACGCUUUCUAUGAUUAAAUAAGAAGACAUUUAUAGUUACAGUAGGCUAACCUCGAAAUGUGGCCAUGGAUGUGUUACUCAAGGUUGAAUAAAUACUGUUACAUUAGUUUGUAAGAUAAGUUAAGGCUAUUUACUGUAUUGCAAAAAUAUUAUUGAAUUGUGUUUGGUUGAAAACGCAACCAAAUAUCAACAUUUGAAGGAUAUCUAAUGAUUGGAUAGUUUCAUCUGAGCCACUGGCUUAAUCCUAUUGUCUAAAUUCUAUUUUGGGUUUAGUUAGAGAUGUGAAUCCAACAUAUAAUUUGUUAACUUGCCGACAAGUUAAUAGCCUAUUUACUGUAUUGCAAAAGUGAUAUUGAAUUGUGUUUGGUUGCAAACAAAUUCCAGUUUGUCUACAAAGUAAUAAUCAAAGUUAAAGAAUAGGACUAAAUCAAAUCAAACUUUGUUUAAAGUGCAUUUCAAGUUGACUUUGAUUUGAUUUAGUCCUAUUCUUUAGCUUACACUUUUGGUGGAGAUGGAGACGUGAAUCCAACAUAUCAAUUAAUAAUUUGUAAACAAACUGUAAUUAAAGCCAGACUAAGUCAGUGGCACAGAUGGAACUAUCCAAGCACAAAAUACAUCUCCUUCAAAUGUUGAUAUUUGGUUACGUUGACAACCAAACACAAUUCAAUAUCCAGUUUGGCUACAAAUGUAUAAUUGAUAUGUUGGACUCACGUCUCCAUCUCAACCAAAAAUAAAAGUUAAAGAAUAGGACUAAAUCUAAUAUAAUCCCACUUUAAAUGGACUUUAGUUAAAGCUUGAUUUGAUUUAGUGUUAUUCUUUAACUUUGAUUUUUGGUUGAGAUGGAGACGUGAAUCCAACAUAUUAAUGAUUAAGUUGAAGAUUCAAUUUGAGGUCUAUAUGUAUGUCUAUUUUUAGUUGAACCCUGGGUUGAAUUGAAACAAUAGCUGUUGAUGACUACAAAUGCUAUAUAGGCCUAAAUAGUAUUAUUGAUGAUAUAUGACUUGGUCACAUUUCAUUUGCUUUGUUAAACCUACCCUUUGGAUUGAAUUCAAUGCCAACAGUGAAUAUAUUUAGUUAGUAGCCCUUACCUGCAGUCAAAUGACUCAUGGCCUCAUGGGUGGAAUGUUAUUAAUAAACUUUUUUUUUUUACCAGAUGAAAAAAUCUGGUGUUUCUAUGUCAAACAGUUUUGAUAUAUUUCAGUCUUCUGUGAUGUAUAUAAAGUGUAAUAUUGGGUUGCAAACUCAAAAUGUAAUACAUUUCAACUCCACAUAUCUGGCUUUUUUUAAGCCCAUAACUAUGUGUGUGAGGUGUAUACUUUGGUUUCAAAGUAAAUUUGUUUAAGACGACGAAGAAACACUCUGUGACCCUGAUUUAGCCCACUGCAGUAAAAGGUUUUAAGAAGUCUCUCAAUAAUCACUCUCAUGAUAGCACAUUGGUAGUAGUCAGUGACAAGUAUAAAAGCUAAGCAGGGCUUGGUUAAAACCCUGGAUUGGAGACCAAAUGAAUAGCUGUAGAUCAUCUCUCCAGUAGGAGGUGCUGCUUAGCCAAUUUCAUUUUUUUAAUAGUGGAAAUACAUUGAGUAUACCAAACAUUAGGAACACCUUCCUAAUAUUGAGCGUUGAUUCCAUUGCUUCCCACGUUGACUCCAAUCCUUCCCACAAUUGUGUCAAGUUGGCUGGAUGUCCUUUGGGUGGUGGACCAUAAUUGAUACACACGGGCAACUGUUGAGCAUUGCAGUUCUUGACACUGGUACGCCUGGUAUCUAAAACCAUACCCUGUUCAAAGGCACUUCAAUGUUUUGUCUUGCCCAUUCACCCUCUGAAUGGCACACAUACACAAUCCAUGUCUGAAUUGUCUCAAGUCUUAAUUAGGGAUCAUAGCUUUCACCUGGAUUCACCUGGUCAGUCUGUCAUGGAAUGAGCAGGUGUUCUUAAGGUUUUGUAUACUCAGUGUAAAGUUGAAGAUCUGAUGUUGUUUCAAAGGUACAAAUUCAACAUAUUUUAUACAAGGUUUGUCUAUGUUUAAAAUUGGUUACAAUGAUGACCAGCCUGGUCUCAUAGACUAGAUGUAACAUAGUAAAUGUAAAUCCGAGAACACUGAAAUUAGUACAUAAUGUUACAUUUGGUAUGGUUACUUAAGGCAAAAACGAAAGUAGGGUGUUUGGUCGGGUGGAUGGGUAGGCAUAUAACAUGAAUGUAUAGCAACCCAAAGGUUGCGAGUUUGAAUCUUAUUACAGACAACUUUAGCAUUUUAGCUAAUUAGCAACUGUUCAUCUACUUACUACUUUUUAGCUACUUUGCAACUACUUAGCAUGUUAGCUAACCCUUCCCCUAACUCUAACCUUAACCAUUUUAGCUAACCCUUCCCCUAAUCCUAACCUUAACCCUUUAACUGGGGCGGCAGGUAGCUUAGUGGUUAAGAGCGUUGUGCCAGUAACCGAAAGGUCGCUGGUUCUAAUCCCCGAGCCGACUAGGUGAAAAAUCUGUCGAUGUGCCCUUGAGCAAGGCGCUUAACCCUAAUUGCUCCUGUAAGUCGCUCUGGAUAAGAGCGUCUGCUAAAUGACUAAUUAUUUUUAUUAUUUAUAACCUAACUCCUAAACUUAACCCCAACCUUAAUCCUAACCCCUAAUCCUAACCUCUAACCUAGCUAACGUUAGCCACCUAGCUAGAAUUCACAUUUUUCUAAUUCGUAACAUAUUGUACAAAUGGUAAUUUCAUAACAUCCACAAAUUAAUACAUACCAUACGAAAUGUAACAUAUCAUACUAAAUGGAGUGUCUCUGAUUUACGUACAGAAUAAUACGAAAUGUUCACCCUCCAAACAGAUUACUUUUUCCGAAUCCAAUGUAUUUUCCACAUAGAUUCCACGUCACAAUACGUUGACAAAUUACAUUGAAACAACGUUGAUUCAACCAGUUUGUGCCCAGUUAUAUUAUGUCUCUUCUGGACGAUUUAAACCAUGCUGGAGACAUAGUAGCAUUACCGCACAGCCAACAGGCAAAGCCAUCUCCUGCUCUGAUCCUCUCAUGUCAGAUGUAGUAUGAGUUGCUCCACAUGUCCAAUAACACAACAAGCAGGAGUUUUUUAGAUCCACGCUGUGACAUUUGAACACUGACCUGCCUAUGACUCCCAUAUCCAGCAGUCACCGCCAGUUACAGUCAAUGCUCUUAUGUCAAUACAGGCAUGCUAUUAUCUAGACAGGCAGAGGAAUGGGAUGGAGGGGUGGAAUAGAGGAGGGGAAAGGGUCUCUAUCGAGCUGCCUCUCUAAGCUUGAGGACUUAAUCCACCAAAUGGAGAAGCCGAUUGUCAAUUGACGACAGCCAUAGACACCCCUCUCCUCUAUUCAUUCGAUCACUCUUUGUUUCCCACUCUGGAGAAUGAAUGAAGGGAGGGAGGGAGUUUGAUGGUUGAUGUUUUCAAAGCGUCUCUGUAUUAAUGGCUGAGAUUCCGAGCUUGUGCUGAGGUUGAAAAGAGGAGAGAGGGGGGAUAUAGUGUGCUGGUAGUGUACGGGGUCGCUCGCUCAACCCUCCUCGACGUGACUGGGGUUCCAGGGUUGUCAGACAUGAUCAGCGUUCACAAUGAGGUUCUGCCUUCUUUCUCUUCUCACACAGCUUCUUUACAUGAAAGACAUGUCAGGCGUGCGUUAGCGAGGGAGGGUCCUGCCUCGAUAUAAGUCUGAGGAACAUGCAGGAAAUGUUAAUUGUUUUUGUAAGGGGAAAAAGGAGCUGAGAUGCAUGGGAACAUCUACUUCAAAGGCUCCGUGGUUGUUCAGUCAGCAAGACGUGACGGCAGUGUUCCAGCGAGGUGUAGGUUAGGCUACGGUCGGUCAGCAGAAUACAUUCAGUCAGCGCAACUCAAACUCGCUACAUUGAAGUUUGGCGGCUUGUGUCACGAGGUGCAGGCAGCAGCAGCCUACUUAAAAAACCAGCCUCUCAAAUACUAAACAAUAAAAGACUCUGUGAUGAAAAAGAGAAACAGUGAAGUGUUGAGAGAAUAAAGGUUCAAAAAGAGCAACAUGAAAGAAUGUUCUGUCCUAUUGCACCUUAUGUAAAAGCUGCCACCCUCUUCCCUCCCCUCAUCCCCCUCUCCUCCUCCUCUCCUUCUCCCCCCUGUCAUACUUACCUAAGUCGAUGGUACACUGCUGUCUUUCAUGCUGAGCGUAUUUCCCUUCAUCUCCCUGUAUCUCUUCUUCUCCUACAGGGAAUGGCUUCGUCGGCGCGCUCCAAAGGAGAGCACAAGCAGAGAGUCUUCCUCACCAUCUCCUUCGGAGGGAUCAAGAUUUACGACGAGAGAUCAGGGGUGAGUGAGUGAUGAGGCUCCACAGCGUAGCUGCGCAGCCAGGCAUGCACUAUGGCUGAGCUGAGAAGCGUAGCCAGGCCCAGCUCCAGCUGCUGUGAACUUUAUAGGACAUUCAGAGGGCAGAGGCUCAUACAAGUUCAAUCACAGUCAUGUAGAAGAAGGGCAGCCAUCUUGUGCGCCUACCUGGCAUAUGGUGCAGUUGACAUGCCAGGGAACACAACAAAAGCAGAUAGAUAUAAACAUUAUGUAGGGUGUCCAAUCAAAAACGCAUCUUUUGACCAAUGGGUAAAAUAAUAUGUUAAUUGUGUAGAUACUCCUCUAAGAAAAUCAAACCUCCAAAUGGAGGCCGGUGGAAAAAAGUUAGUAAAAAAUCUGGAAAAUAGGCUACCUGACAGGCUCACCGUUGAAUUCGUCAUAUUUCUUUCGUCGGAGGACAUAAAACAAUAUAAAGGUAAGAUUAAUAUCGAUUUUGACACAUGACAUGUAAUAUUUUCAUACUUUAGUAUACGCUUUCAUAUAAAUGUGAAAUGCAUGUUCUUUUUCAAAGAUUUCUUACAAAAACAAGUUUAGCCUAUAUCUGUGAAAUGUCAACGGAGCACCACAACAUGUACAAUCCUCAAGUUGCUACGAGCGAGUGACACUGCUCUGUCAACAGAGCUCGGUGCUUAUUAUCGGAUGUAUUAGAAUACGAAAUCCGACUUUUUGGAUACAAUGUUAAUGACAUGUUAGAGAAAGACCCCACUGAAUGAUUCAGAACAUGAAGAAUCAUAUUUGUCUUGGUAAAAUUGACAUUUCAUCACCAAGGCGCUUUUUCACCCACGCUGGGCAGAGUGGAUGGAUACUCUACAUUAUGGUAAAAGUUUCAUCAAGCCUUCUAAUUGGCUAGGUGGAAAUGUCGCAAUAUUGCUUCCACCCAUAUAAUCCUUAGAUCUAUUCUCCUGUGUAGAUAUAGCAACAUCAGUGUCUAGGGAGUAGGGGCUAGGGGUUGAUUUGAAAUGUAGAAUGAGUUAACUGCUUUGACUUAACCUGGGCCUGGUCUGGCCUGGCCUGCUGUAUGAUGGCUACUGUCUGAUGAUAAAGACCUGUCUGUUAUAAUGACAGUGUGUAUAUGAGUGAUGUGAUGUUAUCCCCUUCCCCCUCCUCCCCUCCCCUGGGGGCCCAGAGGCCUGCUGUCCCCCCCCCCCCGUUCAUCACCGCUAUCCACUAGGCUAAUUAGCCCACAGUUCCACCCCUAAUCAUCAUCAUUGCUAACUGCUAGCCUAAUUGUCCCAUAGCUCCACUUCAACUGUCAUUAAAUUGAAAAAAGAUAAUUACGCAAUACUGUAUAUAGACCCGCCCCACAAGACUCCUCAUAGUUUGAUCUUUGAUGACUUCCAUUUUUAUUUUCGUUGGAUAGUGGCGCCACCCGUUAUUCGCCACCAGCCCUGUCAUUUAUCAACAACAACUAGAUAAUACCCCUCAUAGAGCCAUGUAGUGUGUGUGUGUGUGUGUGUGUGUGUGUGUGUGUGUGUGUGUGUGUGUGUGUGUGUGUGUGUGUGUGUGUGUGAAAACCCCACCCCCUGACGCUCAUCACCACAUGUGGCUUCUGUAAUUUUGUUUGAGAAUCAUCGUCCCCCUAAUGCUCUUUCAUUUUAUAAACUGAUUUCCCCAACAAUCAUUAUGGUAAAAUAUGGGGCUUUUUCAGCAGGACGAGGCAUUGCAGAACAUUCAGAUAGAAAUGUGUAAUGCAGAAAAGACACCAUUUACUGUCAACUAGACUAUAGAAUAUUGUCAGCUCUAGUAUGUUCUAUUUCUCUCUGCAACGUUCUUGUCAUUGCACCCCACUGAAUAAGCCCUAGUUUAUUUCUUAGUAGCUCAUUCCCAUUGCUCAAAGCUUAUCAACGCUAUUAGUGGAGCAGCAGGUGGGAGUAGAUGAGUGACAGCCCAACUACUGUGAGUGUGUAUGUGCACGUGUACGUGUGUCGACACACUUGUGUGUGUGUGUGUGUGUGUGUGUAUGAUCAUUGACCUGCGUGUAUGAAUAUAUGUGUGUGUGUGUUAGUUGUACUUUUAAACUGGGUGUUCAGGGCUGCCCUGUGGAUGAACCACGCUCUGUUGACGACGCAUCUUUUUGCAUAUUGCAUAUUGCACAAUACACAACAUCAACAUUCUCCCCAGGUUAGAAAAAUCUUCCAAAUAUGUGAAAAAGGGUUGUCUGAUACACGCACAAACAGACACACACACACCCUGAUCUGCUGUUGUUCAUGCAGUAAAUGUGCUGCAUCUCCUAUCCCACUGAGACAUGUGAGAGUGGAAAUGAGGAGAGAAAAGGAAGGAUGGCAAGUGGCAGUUAUUCUUGUCAAGACUAUUCCCUGUCAACAGUAAGACAAAGAAAGAAUAAUGCCUUUACAUUUGCUUUCCCUCGUUCCCUGCUGCGGUGAAUCUGGAGCACCAUAUUGCCAUAGUAUUAGAAUUAGUAAGAAACUGUAGCCUACUUACCGUGAACUCUCAGUUCACUUCCUCAUUUUGAAACAAAUCAUUAUUUCAAGAAUUCAUGAAAUUCAUAGAAAUGUAUAGAGUAGAGCCAGGAGUUUUCCUAGACAGGUCACAUGUCUGAAAAAACUCCCGGAUCUAACUAAACUAUAAAAUCAGGACCUUGGGCCUACAGUAUCCAACAUGGGUCUCCAAGCCCCCUCCAUUUUGUAUGGUCCAUUUCCUCAUCCUGACCUGUCACUUCCUCUUCCUUGUUUCCCAGAUCUACUACAUAAUUUCCUGCCCUUAACUUAUGCCACUUCCUCCCUGUGUGUUCAGGUUCUGCUGCAUCACCACUCAGUGCAUGAGAUCUCCUAUAUCGCCAAGGAUACCCGGGACCACCGGGCCUUCGGCUACGUCUGUGGGAAGGAGGGACACCACAGGUUCGUGGCCAUCAAGUCUGGCCAGUCGGUGAGUAGCGUACCUGAGAUCCUAAUGAGGUGCAGUAGUCAGAAAUAACGUUAAAGCUCAUGUUAUAAUCAAUCAACACAUUCCAAAUACAAUACCUAGUGUUGCAACAAGGAAGCAACAAUUUAUAACAAAGUCGAAAGAUUGUCCCAUCUCCAAUAGGAAGGACUCUGCUUUUAUGCUUUUAGAUAUUUGCAGCACUGUAUAGUUGGGAUUGUGACGUAAGUUUGUGUGAACAACAUGUGUGUCGUCUAGAAGAUGAUGAAGGUGUGUGCUCCUCUUCCUACCCCUCCCUGCCUUGCUCCCUGGUAGGCAGAGCCGCUGAUCAUUGACCUGCGUGACCUCUUCACACUCAUCUACGACAUCAAGCAGCGCGAGGAGAUGGAGAAGAAGGCCCAGAAGGACAAGCAGUGUGAGCAUGCCGUCUACCAGGUAAAUAACAACAACAAACAACAACAGAACUGUUACCAUGAUCGUUAUGCAUCACAAUAACAGUGGUCCUCUGUAGCUCAGCUGGCAGAGCACGGCGCUUGUAACGCCAAGGUAGUGGGUUCGAUCCCCGGGACCACCCAUACACAAAAAUGUAUGCACGCAUGACUGUAAGUCGCUUUGGAUAAAAGCGUCUGCUAAAUGGCAUAUUAUUAUUAUUAUAACAUGUUGGCCAUAUUGAGUGUACCCAUGAGUAUAGUGAGAGAUAUUAGAGGAAGGGAGAUGACGCGUAUCCACAUUUUCCCAUUGAAAAAAAUGGUUCAUGUCUGUCAAAGUGGGCAUGCUCUUGCGUGAGCAUGCUUUCUCGCGUAGCCUAGCGACCAGCAGGCAGAGAUGACUGCUUCACACGCUUUGAGAACUAGUACAGACCUCGGGUUGGCCUCUGACUGCAAUGCAAAUUAUUUACAGUGUUUUGAGGGACGAUAUUAUACUGACUUUCAUGCAUCGAAAGAUGCGUGUCAAUGUAAAAUACCUAAUGUAAUGUACAGUGAGGGAAAAAAGUAUUUGAUCCCCUGCUGAUUUUGUACGUUUGCCCACUGACAAAGAAAUGAUCAGUCUAUAAUUUUGAUGGUAGGUUUAUUUGAACAGUGAGAGACAGAAUAACAACAAAAAAGUCCAGAAAAACACAUGUCAAAAAUGUUUAAAUUGAUUUGCAUUUUAAUGAGGGAAAUAAGUAUUUGACCCCCUCUCAAUCAGAAAGAUUUCUGGCUCCCAGGUGUCUUUUAUACAGGUACGAGCUGAGAUUAGGAGCACACUCUUAAAGGGAGUGCUCCUAAUCUCAGCUUGUUACCUGUAUAAAAGAUACCUGUCCACAGAAGCAAUCAAUCAAUCAGAUUCCAAACUCUCCCCAUGGCCAAGACCAAAGAGCUCUCCAAGGAUGUCAGGGACAAGAUUGUAGACCUACACAAGGCUGGAAUGGGCUACAAGACCAUCGCCAAGCAGCUUGGUGAGAAGGUGACAACAGUUGGUGCGAUUAUUCGCAAAUGGAAGAAACACAAAAGACCUGUCAAUCUCCCUCGGCCUGGGGCUCCAUGCACGAUCUCACCUCAUGGAGUGCAAUGAUCAUGAGAACGGUGAGGAAUCAGCCCAGAACUACACGGGAGGAUCUUGUCAAUGAUCUCAAGGCAGCUGGGACCAUAGUCACAAAGAAAACAAUUGGUAACACACUACGCAGAUGAAGGACUGAAAUCCUGCAGCGCCCGCAAGGUCACCCUGCUCAAGAAAGCACAUAUACAUGCCCGUCUGAAGUUUGCCAAUGAACAUCUGAAUGAUUCAGAGGAGAACUGGGUGAAAGUGUUGGGGUCAGAUGAGACCAAAAUGGAGCUCAUUGGCAUCAACUCAACUCGCCGUGUUUGGAGGAGGAGGAAUGCUGCCUAUGACCCCAAGAACACCAUCCCCACCAUCAAACAUGGAGGUGGAAACAUUAUGCUUUGGGGGUGUUUUUCUGCCAAGGGGACAGGACAACUUCACCGCAUCAAAGGGACGAUGGACGGGGCCAUGUACCGUCAAAUCUUGGUUGAGAACCUCCUUCCCUCAGCCAUGGCAUUGAAAAGGGGUCGUGGAUGGGUAUUCCAGCAUGACAAUGACCCAAAACACACGGCCAAGGCAACAAAGGAGUGGCUCAAGAAGAAGCACAUUAAGGUCCUGGAGUGGCCUAGCCAGUCUCCAGACCUUAAUCCCAUAGAAAAUCUGUGGAGGGAGCUGAAGGUUCGAGUUGCCAAACGUCAGCCUCGAAACCUUAAUGACUUGGAGAAGAUCUGCAAAGAGGAGUGGGACAAAAUCCUUCCUGAGAUGUGUGCAAACCUGGUGGCCAACUACAAAAAACGUCUGACCUCUGUGAUUGCCAACAAGGGUUUUGCCACCAAGUACUAAGUCAUGUUUUGCAGAGGGGUCAAAUACUUAUUUCCCUCAUUAAAAUGCAAAUCAAUUUAUAACAUUUUUGACAUGAAUUUUUCUGGAUUUUGUUGUUGUUAUUCUGUCUCUCACUCACAAAUAAACCUACCAUAAAAAUUAUAGACUGAUAAUUUCUUUGUCAGUGGGCAAACGUACAAAAUCAGUAGGGGAUCAAAUACUUUUUUCCCUCACUGUAUAACUGUGUCCACAAUGGUAUGUAUUAUUAUGUUGGAAAAUAUAUACAGGAACUCCGACAUAAGCUGAUCCAAAUAGGUUAAGACUAGGCACUCUCGUCUGAGUUCCUAAUAGGAUACGCCUGUUUUCCCCUAAGUCAAUGGCUGAUUGCUCACACCUGAUGUACUUGCAUGCUCUGUUGUUCUUGCUCUGUUCUUCUACCUAUCUGUCUUCUUCUUGUUAUGUAAAACGUUCCUUCUCUUCAACCAUCCCGCAGACCAUUCUGGAGGACGAGGUGGACGAUCCCGUUUACCAGGUACGUCGCCACACAACACACAGCCAAUGAGAACUAGCGAUGAAACCCCAUGUGACCUUUACGCUCUAGCUUCUACUGACGACAGGGUGUUCAUGUGAUUAAUUCCAUGAAAUAAGAAACAAUUAAUCCUUAAUGUAAAUAUCUGCCACUGAUCUGCUUGAAUUAAUGAUUCAUGAUAUCCAAACCAUCCCAGUAAUACGCAGUAGACCAACCAUCAUAGUAGACGGUUUUGUUCAACCAUUCGACUCUCCCAUUGCAGUGUUGUUAAACCAUAUAUUUUCAGUUGAUCUGUGUAUAUGUUCUGAUUUUCUUCUAAAGACCUAUCUGAUCCUGACUGGUUGUUCUCCCCUCUUGCUUUUGGCUGAACCUGAUACUCUACUCUGUUGCUCACACUGAAUACAGACAACACAAACCCUUACUCUGAAUGCUUAUGUUCAGUUGUUAUGCCAUACCCCUUCCAAAAUGUCUAUUGUUUGCCCCUUUAGCUUUUACUACUGUAUACCCCCCCCCCCCCCACCCCCCCCCCCCCCCCCCCCAAAAAAGUUGUAAUUUGCAAUUCUGUAGUAGUAGUAGUGACUGUUCGUUUGUUUUGUUUCGAAUACAAGAGUCAAAUGACUAUUGGCAGAAUCCAAACUUGAGAUCCGUGCGUGUAACUAACUCAGACGCGGAUCUCAAGUCAGGAUUGCCCCCUCUGUGUCUAGGUGUUAGUGGAGAGGUGCAGCAGUAUUCUGCUGAAGUUGGUGAAGGGAGAGCAGAACUCUAGACCUCUUCAGUACCUGGAACUACUGCCUGACCAAUUACUGUGCUCUCUCCUCUUCCUUCUUCACUCUAUCUUCUCUCUCUCUUUCUUUCCUUUUUUUCAAUUUGUUUUAUCUGGGGAUUCUAUUUUUUUAUAUUCUAAUUCUAUCUUCUCUGUCUCUGAUCAUUAGAGAGAGAUCGAUAGCGAGAGAGCGGGCUCUCUCUCGUUAGGGGAUCUGCUCUUCUUUCUUGCGUAUUCUUUCUGUCGCUCUUUCUGAUUCGCUCUACUCUCUUCUCGCUACUCUCUCUCUCUUCUCGUCUCUCUCUCUCCUUCUCUCUCGAUCUCUUUCUCUCUCUCUUUCUCUCUUUCCAUUCAUCUCGUCAUGCUCCAUCCCUCUUGGCCACGCCCACUACCUCUGUUGUAGUACAUUGUGUUUGAGGCUGGACAUGAGCCCCUCCGUGGCCACCAAUCAGAGGAGAGCGUUUACCAGGUACAAUACCAAGCCCUACCCCUUCCUUACCUUUUGUAGAGUAGUCAUCCCAGAGCUUUGUGUUACAUUAUAAUAUUUAUGUUUGUUAGAGAGCAGAGCAGUACACUUUGGAUAAAAUAGUAUACUCACAAUGUUCCUAAUGUUAAUUAGAAUAACAUCUCAAAUCUACAGUUCAGUGAAGUGCAGUCAUGGCCAGUUAUUUUGGCAGACCAAUUCAUCCAGGCUUCUCUAGAGUCUAUGUGGCUCCCUGCAGACAUCCAGAGGUUUGACCUUCCAGCUCAGUUCAAGGGACCAACAAGAGCCUUUAGGGACCUAGAGUUUGAUUUAAUCUGGCCCCCCCUCAUCCCUCCCCCCACCCCCCUCACCCCACCUUCCUCACCCCACCCCCUCACCCCAACCCGUCACCCCACCCCCUCACCCCACCCCGUCACCCCUCCUCCCUUACCCCACCUCCCUCCCCCCACCUCACUCACACCACCCCACCCCACCCCCCUUCCCCCACCUCCCUAACCCCACCUCCCUCACCCCACCCCCUCACCCCCUCACCCCAUCUCCCUAAUCCCCUCCUUCCCCUUCCCCUCCCACACCUCCCUCACCCCACCUCCUCACCCCACCUCUUCUAACCCCCUCCUCCCUUACCCCCCCUCCCUCACCCCUACUCCCUCGCCCCUCCUCCUUUCUCCUUCCACCUCCCCCUCAUUCCCUCCACUCUCGUCCCCCUCCUCCUUCCAACUCCUCCCUCCUCGCUGCCCUCCCUCCUCCUCCCUCCUCCCUCCUCCCUCCUCCCUCCUCCUCCUCUCCCUCGCCUUUCUGAAGAUGAAAGAUGAGUCGAAAUUAAUUAUUUGCCAUGCCAUUUGAACUCCAAAUGAAACAAGAUCAAUAGGCGAGAAGAAAAUUCCGCCCAACUCCAAGUCAGCCAGCCGAAAGAGCUAGAGAGGCCAUAUUGUUCACUAUGGUUAAUAGAUUAAUGUGAGAAAAAUAUACAAAAGAGAGGAGAGGGCAAGCGCUCCAGCGUUGUCAGUUUCCAUAGAUUUAAACCUCUAGUUGAACGUGAUACAAAUAGAGAAAAACUAUUGUAUAAUCUUAAUAUCAAAACAAAGAAGUAGCACACACAAUCUUACAACAUUGCUUUCAAUCAAUAUUGAUUUAAAUAGAGUUGAUUCAAGAGCUGUGCAACUGUAGAAUUUGCAUAACAUUGCUUUUAAACAGUUCAAAAUAUUGCCAAACAUUUGUAGACCAGAGACCCAUUCUGAAAUGAUGAGAGUGUUUCAGCUGUAGCAGUAGAAAGGAUUCAUUUAGUAAUAAAUAAUCUUUUUUUCUUACUCAGCCUUGGUAAAAUGGUGUUGCUCAAGCUCACUUUAUUCUUUUACUUUGACUCGACCUCCAACACAGGUCCCUACCGCUACCAGUCAGCAGAAGGGAGAAGGGAUCUAUGAUGUCCCAAAACGCCAUUUCAUGACUGUAGGUGCUUUUGUUUUUGUUUAGUUUUUUGUUCGUCCACUCCCUCCACUGGCAAACCUCUCAUUCCCUCACUAAGGAGUCCUCCCCUCUUCUUUAGUGUCCAUUUAUGAACCCCUGUCUGUGUGACCUUGUGGAAUUAUUGGACCCAUAACCACCUCGCCGACACACAUAGACAUGGUCAUAUACACCCACAGACUGGUUAUUAGCAGUGUGUUUCCAGGUAGUGGUUGCCUGCCUGUGCAGUCUGAUAUCAAUUUUCCUGGGCAAGGAAUUAUCAAGCGUCAGGCCUAAGUAUAUUUUUACAGUAUCUAAGGUUAUAAAGAUGCAAUGAUAUUGUAUAUUGCAAUAUAUAUUGGUAUGUAUAUGUUGUAUAUUGUAUUGUUAUGCAUAGCCUGCCCCAACAUAUAAAUGAUUGGCCCAUCUAGCUUAGAUGUGACACCAGUUGUUAAGAUAAAUCCAGUGGAGAUGAAGUCUUCACAGACUUUAAAAUAUCCUCCACAGAAUUUGGUCCUCCACAGAAUUUAAAAUAUAGAGGACUAUUAGACAUCAAAGAGGCGUCAUUUCUUAAAUAAAGACAAAAUGGUUUGCAUUUCCAGUUUUAUCAAUAUAUUUUCUACAGCAGAUUCAUUUUUGACCACAACAAAUAGACAGAUCAUGGAUUAACUUUUUGGUUGAGCAAAACUGAAAUUAUAUUUAUUUCCAUCCUUUCACCAUGUCAGAUGCAAUAGUUAGUCAUUCUCCGAACCAUCAUCCAAAUGUUUAUUCAAGCCUAUUCAUCAAGACAUUUACAUGGAGAGAGAAUAAAACGUCCAUAUGACUUCUGAAACAAACCCUAGAAGAAAGCUUUCUUUCUCUCCUCUCUUUCUCUCUGUGCUGAUAGUUCAGCAGCAUAUCAACUAGAUAUGAUAUCUAUACUGUCCCCCUGCUAUCUCUCCCCAAAACACAUCAUGCUAGCUGGUGUUGUAUGAAUAGCUGCCGACACUGCUUCCAUAUCUGUAAGAGUUACUGCUUGUCUGUGCAUUCAGUUGGAGCUUUACUGAGAGAUCCCCCAUAGCCUGAUGUGUGUGUCACUCUGCCUGCCUGUCUGCCUGAGGGGAAGGCCUAUACUAUAACCUAUGUCUGCCCACCUCUUACAAACUACUGUACCUCCCUCCUGCUCCUUAUGGAUGAAUGGGACUGUAAGAUCAAGGCAUAAUGUCUAACAACAAUAUAUAUGAUCAGAUUCCCCCACACACUUCAAACAGGACAUAGACAAUGUUAUGUUACCCCCUCCUCCUCCCUUCACCAACACUGAUUGCUGUUUUCCCCUCAUUUUCGCUCUUCUUUUCGUGUCUGCGCGUGUGUGUGUGUCUUUAUUUAUAGCAUGCAAAUCCUGUGUGUGUUCCCGUGGUGAUACAUCAUCUGCUUGUGCAUGGCCCCUGCAGUCUAGGAUAUACAUUUCAUGCGACUUACCCAUUUCAUAGUCUAAUUGUAGAACCUAUGUCCUUCCUUCCUACCUCCUCUGAAUUGUAAUUGUACUGUUAGAGCGCUGGACUUGGGGGGAUGAGACAUGAGAGUAGAAGUAGGAACGGUCCAUCUGCAAUAUCAGGUGGUUAUAGUGUCUCGGUGGGUAAAUAUAUAGAAGUAUGUAUAUUCAUUGGGUUCAAGAAACAAAGUGGUGAAUGUAUAGGUAACUGCCAAAAUAAAGGAAACACUUGAGUAAAUGAGUGAUACAAAGUAUUUUGAAAGCAGGUGAGAUAAUUAAGCAAUUAACAUCCCAUCAACCAAAAUCCCAUCAUGCAAGGGAUCAUGUAUUAAAAUGUCCCAGUUGCCCAUUAUUUUGGCUACCAUAGCUAGAAGAAGAGAUCUCAGUGACUUUGAAAGAGGGGUUUCAAAGGAGCAUAGGAGGUUUAAAGGGUGUGUGUGUCUCUCAGUCACCAGAUCUCAACCCAAUUGAACACUUAUCGGAGAUUCUGGAGCGGCGCCUGAGACAGCAUUUUUCACCACCAUCAACAAAACACCACAUGAUGGAAUUUCUUGUGGCAGAAUGGUGUCGCAUCCCUCCAAUAGAGUUCCAGACACUUGUAGAAUGUAUGCCAAGGCACAUUGAAGCUGCUCUGGCAGCUUGUGGUGGCCCAAUGCCCUAAAACAUUUUAUGUUGGUGUUUCCUUUAUUUUGGCAGUUACCUGUAUACUACCUAAUCAUAUAAUAUUAUCUUGUGUUUGAGAGGAAUCACAAUGGUAAUGCAUUGUGGGACUACAGGGGCUGAUUGUAUAGGCAGAGACGGACAUAAUAAUAUCUAAUCAGUGUUCGUUUGAUUGGACUGAAUAGCCAAUUAUAGAGCACCAUGAGAGAUUCAUUUUAGAUCCAUUUUCUGAUAAUGAAAUGAGAGGAGAGCUAGCUGUUUCUAGGCAUCGUCAGUGCAAUUCUCUUCACACGCAAGCACGCACGCAUGCACACACACACACCCUAUUAGAUUAAAAGAAUGUGCUAUGAUUUAGAAAGUCUGGCUUUGUUUUUGUCGUGAAAUGUCACUGUUCUCUCUCUCUGUCCCUGUCCCUCUGCCCCUCCCCAGAACAUCAACCACUUUGAUCUUUUCGGAGACAUGUCCACUCCACCCUCGGUGAGUAACUGACCUUCCCUAUCGCUUAGACAGACUCAGACCUUUAACCAUGUCUGCAAUGAUGGUGCUGAAAUAUUAUUCGUCAACAUUUUAAUGCAUUAUUAUGCAGUCAAAAUAUUCUGUGAAUAAUAGAGGAACUUACAGUCAAGACAACCGUUAAAGAACAGUAAGACAUUGUAAGACAUUUUGAAUUCUGAUUUCUAUGUCAGAUUUCUCAGAUGGUUCAAUUGACCCCCAAAUAGAAAAAGCAAAUAAACAAAUAAUCACAAAGAUCCCAGUGAAAGGACAGGUGCCUGGUUUAGACAUGUGUGUGGAUGAUGUCCCCCCAGAUUCCACCAUCCCCGGCCAACACUCUGGACCCCAGCAGGAGCCACCGCCAGCCCCAGCACCCCCCAGAGAUGUUCACCGGCCCCUUCAGCCCCACCUCUGUCCCCUCAGGGUACAUGACCAUGGGGCCAGUCCAGGCAGCCCAGUGGGCCCAGCAGGGACCCUUUGCUGGCCAGGCCCAGACCCUGGCCUUCGGGGUGCAGGGGCCCCUCCAGGUGACCCAGGUCCUCCCUGGGGGCCAGCCUGUCAUCUGGAGCCAGGCCAACAUCUUCCCUGCCACCCAGCAGCAGUGGGCUGCCAUGGCUGCCUACAUGCCUGCCCAGGCUGUGGGCGUGGGGGGCCACCACAUCCCCAUGAUGGUGCCCAUCACCACCGUAUGCCCCGGCCCCCAGGGGCCCCACUGUGACCUCUCCUCCACCCCCUCCUCGGCCAUCACCAGCCCCCAGCAUCAGGCGAUGGACCCAAUCCUGCUCCAGCAGCUCCAGCAGCAGCAUAGCAUCGGUGGGGACUCUGACACAGGCGAAGGCCCCUCUUCGCUGGGCCUUGUCAUGGUGGGCAGCAGGUGUGGCACACCCAGGCCGAUGAGCCCCACUUCAAUGGGUCUUGGUGCUGUGGGCAGGUGUGAGACGCCCGUUGGUCUUGUCAUGAUGGCGAGGUGUGAGACGCCCGGCCCUGGUCCAGUGAACGUGCCCCCUGACACCCUGGUUUGUAGCCAGCUGGGCCUGGGGUCAUCAUCGGCCGCAACCCAGGAAGAGGAAGGCAGCUGUAGUGACCUUGACCUCUCUCGGAUGACCUUGAGUCCAGGCACGUCCACCUCGCCCUCCACUGACUCAGGUAAACUCUACCUAUAGCCAGUUUCUCCUACAUUCACACUAGAUAGUUGCACAUACUCAUACAGCACAAAUAAGUUACCCAACCCGAACCUGAAAGGGAAAAUCCACCGGCCACAUCAUCAUUUUGCACGUCAUGAUAAUAUGGUCGGUGGCACUUUGCUUCUUGAAAGUCCAAUAUCUUGAAAACUUCACCACUGACAUGCAAAACAUUUUGGGAAUGUAUGAAAAGUGUCAAGUUUCUCUUUAACCAAACCUAACUCUACCCACCUGGAUAAUGUACAAUGCUUUAAGACCCGGUGAAAGUGAAAAAGGGAAUGCAGUACACCCAACAACCAACUCUGUCUCCACCACAGCCCCCCAACCUGGCUCGUCCUCAGACUCCGCCCCGUCCCAGACCAGUGAUCCCCCCACAGACCACUCCCCCAUCGAAACAGAGGCCACACCCCCUAGCACCAGUGAGGAUGACUCGGUGAGUCUCAGCUAAUCUGGUCAUAAUGAUAUGAGCUAUCAAACGGUUGGUAGAUAGUUGUUUUAUCACUUAAACUGCCGGGCCUUGCUACCCUUCUUACUACGUCAAUGAGCAGCCAUUUUGACUGCAACGUUCUAACAGUCUAAUAAAGACAUUUCAUAUAUGUGAUGGGGGGAAAAAAAUCAUUUGGUUGUGUUUAUGAAGGUCUUGGGUAACAUUAUAAUUCCAAAAUAUAUAUUUAAAAGAACACAAUAGCAUUUUCAUUACUUUAUGUUAUUGUAGGCUAUCUGCUGCAACGUGCUCACAUGUGGAGUGCAUGGAAUAACAGUUAUUCUUGGAAAAGGUGAUAUUUUGAAAUAGAGCUAAUCUCUUCAAUUUUGAGAGUUAUUUGUCAAAGGUAAGUGCUUUGGAAAUCUCAGAUACAAUAUAGAAAUCAAAACAUCUUACCUGUAUGUGACUCUGUAGGAGGAAAAAAGUCACUUUCUGGCGCUUCUGAGAAAAAAUUGCAUGUCCUCUUAAAACUGCUUAUAACACAAAUUCUGUUAGUGAUAUCGUCAAGGACGGAAGGGGGCAUGACUUUAAAAAUGGCAGAGAUAUAUAAAUGUUACAUUCACAUGAGGUCAACAUGACUGCCUCAGCACUUGUGUUAAUGGUUGAAUUCAUGGGAAGAAACUGCAUUUACUUGUAUCUGUGAUUUAUACAACCCUGUGUGAUAUUAACCCUUUUCUCACUCUCUCUUUCUCUCUGUAUCUCUCCCUCUUUCUGUUUUUUCUCUAUCUUUCCACCUAGGGCUCAUGCACCAGGGCUCUGUCUUCCCGCUCUUCCAGUGAUGCUCCAGCUGACCCUCCACAGGUCCAGACCUGUCCACAGCAAGACAGCUAG